AGAAUACAAAAGUACACAUAACGCAAGACGACAUAGCAUCGCAGCUUGACCGCUCUCGCUACUCACCACACCACAGCCAGCUAUGUCAGACGGCAUCUCGGACACCCCACUCAACCUCGCCCUCCCCAAGACCGACGCCACCCUCACCAUCCGGGUGAUCAAGUCCUUUGAGUACCGCACAGAGAAGAGUCUCGUGCUGCACCAUGUCAACCUCGAGACCACCACAGUAGGCCAGCUCAAGGAUACGGUACGGCAAGCGAUACAAACUCAGGGCGGAUGGAAGCCGUACCGCAAUGCGACGUUCGAUACGAUCAAGCUUUAUACAAAGGCGCACGGAGCGAAGACGACAAAUCUCAUCAUCAACCUCGAUCACGACGAGUGGAUAUUCGAGGACGAUUCGAAGACUUUGGCGGACUUGGGUCUCGAGAACGAGUCUGAAGUCAGCUUCUUUAACCGCGUUGCGUACGAGGAAUUCAAGAAGCAUCCCGAUACCAAAUGGGAGAGCUGAUCGCAGGCGUAGCUGAAGAGCGAAGCAGAUACCAGAAAGGUUGUACUUGUAUUGUACCUCGGGGAUUGUGUCACCACCGCCUACUAUUGAUGUAUCAUGCAG